AUGUCUGCUGCUUCUUACCCAAGGCUGUUUGGCAUGAAGGUCUACAAGACCAGCUUCCUUAAGCUGUAUCUUCCUUUCAUACUAUCUGGAUCAACCGUAUACUUUGGUGUUGCUUCUAUCCACACUGCUCUGACCAAUGCUCCCGAUGACAAAUGGGUCAAUAUUGUCAACAUCGUCGAGGCUGCUACCAAGAACCAGGUUCUCAAAAACGAAGCUACCGACUACCUCAAGUCUCUCGAGUCUGCAAAGAAUUGA